GUCGUAUUCGAUUUCCACCAUUGUCGUUGCAAAUAUUUCAACGAGCGAGUUUGCAUCCUUUACCGGUCAUUUCAGAUUCUCAGAAUCUCAUCGUCCACCUCAAUUCUCUCUCUCUUCUAUCUUCACGCAAUUUCUGUUUCUCUGAAUUCUUGCUCUAUGAUAACUGGCUUGUUAAGUUCGUCUCCUUUGCCCCAGCCAAAGCUCUGCUUCGGUUACAGUAACAGUUCCAAUGUUGACCGCAUUGGAUUCAAGCCACCUUACCUACCGCAAAGGAGUCAUAAGGUUUUCCUCCUUAAACGACGGCGUUACUUUUUCCGGCCGAAUUCAAUCCCUAACUUCACCGUUUCAAGUUCCCUUGAAACGCGGACGCCGUCGGAAAUCGCAGCGGCUCAACAGGACUCGCGCGCCGAGACAUCGGUUUUGCUAGAUGUCUCCGGGAUGAUGUGCGGUGGUUGCGUUUCGCGAGUCAAAUCGGUGCUGUCCUCCGAUGAGCGAGUCGACUCCGUGGCGGUCAACAUGUUGACCGAGACGGCGGCGAUUAAGCUGAAACCGGAGGUUUUUAAGGAGACCGAUUUCGCGGCUGCGAAUGUGGCUGAUAACCUAGCUCAGCGGUUGACAGAGUGUGGAUUCUCGGCGAAGAGGAGGGCUUCGGGGAUGGGAGUUGCAGAUAAUGUGAGGAAGUGGAAGGAGAUGUUGAAGAAGAAGGAGGAACUGCUCGUAGGGAGCCGGAAUCGGGUGGCUUUUGCUUGGACUUUGGUGGCCUUGUGCUGUGGAUCGCACGCUUCGCACAUUUUGCAUUCUCUUGGAAUUCAUGUUGCUCAUGGAUCGUUUUGGGAGGUACUUCAUAAUUCGUAUCUGAAGGGUGGUUUGGCUUUGGGCGCCCUGUUGGGACCUGGACGAGAAUUGCUUUUUGAUGGCAUGAGGGCAUUAAGGAAAGGAUCUCCGAAUAUGAAUUCUCUUGUGGGAUUUGGAUCACUAGCUGCAUUUUUCAUUAGUGCGGUCUCACUUCUUAACCCUCAACUUCAUUGGGAUGCAUCAUUCUUUGAUGAACCGGUCAUGCUUCUUGGUUUUGUGCUUCUAGGACGUUCUCUUGAAGAGAAAGCAAGGAUCAGAGCGUCUAGCGAUAUGAAUGAACUUUUAUCAUUGAUAUCCACCCGAUCGAGACUUGUGAUUACUUCCUCAGAAAAUGAAUCCUCCUCGGCCAAUAAUGUACUCUGCUCUGAUGCAAUUUGUGUGGAGGUUCCAACUGAUGAUAUUCGAGUUGGAGACUCAGUUUUGGUUUUGCCUGGGGAAAUCAUACCUGUAGAUGGGAAAGUCACUGCAGGAAGAAGUGUCGUGGAUGAAUCUAUGCUUACGGGAGAAUCACUUCCUGUAUUUAAGGAAGAAGGUUUUUCUGUCUCUGCUGGUACCAUAAACUGGGAUGGUCCUUUAAGGAUUGAAGCCUCUUCGACUGGGACCAACUCAACAAUAUCUGAGAUUGUCCGCAUGGUUGAAGAUGCUCAAGGCCAUGAAGCACCUAUACAAAGGCUUGCUGAUUCAAUAGCUGGGCCAUUUGUAUACAGUGUAAUGACUCUUUCGGCUGCAACAUUUGCUUUUUGGUACUAUAUUGGAACACAUGUUUUUCCUGAUGUUUUGUUCAAUGAUAUCGCUGGGCCUGAUGGUGAUCCAUUACUCUUGAGCUUGAAACUUUCUGUGGAUAUUUUGGUUGUUUCCUGCCCCUGUGCCUUGGGUCUUGCCACACCCACUGCAAUCCUUGUUGGAACCUCUCUCGGAGCAAAACAAGGACUUCUUAUCAGAGGUGGAGAUGUAUUGGAACGCUUGGCCAGUAUAGAUUAUAUCGCAUUAGACAAGACAGGGACCCUCACUGAAGGAAAGCCUGCUGUUUUUGCUGUGACCUCUUUUGUUUAUGAAGAAUCAGAAAUUCUUCAAGUUGCUGCAGCUGUAGAGAAUACAGCUUCACAUCCAAUUGCCAAGGCUAUCAUAAAUAAAGCAGAAUCAUUGAAGUUGAGUAUCCCAGUCACAAGUGGGCAGUUAUCGGAACCAGGUUUUGGAACUAUGGCUGAAGUAGAAGGGCGUUUGGUUGCAGUUGGUUCCCUAGAAUGGGUUCAUGAACGAUUCCAGACCAAAAUGAAUAUGCCGGACCUUCUGAAUCUGCAACGUGCUGUUCAUCAAUCAUCUGAAGGAGUGAAAUAUUCAGAUCACUCAAAAACAAUUGUUUAUGUUGGACGUGAAGGUGAAGGCAUCAUUGGUGCCAUUGCAAUAUCUGAUAGUUUGCGCCAUGAUGCUAGAUUUACUGUUACUAGGCUCCAGCAGAAGGGUAUCAGAACUGUCCUCUUAUCUGGAGACAGGGAAGAGGCAGUUGCAAGCAUUGCUAAAGCAGUUGGAAUAGGAAAUGAAUCAAUGAAACCAUCCUUGACUCCACAGCAGAAAUCAGGAGCUAUCUCUACUCUUAAAACAGCAGGACAUCGAAUUGCAAUGGUAGGUGAUGGUAUAAAUGACGCACCAUCUUUGGCUCUCGCCGAUGUGGGGAUUGCUCUACGAACUGAAGCACAAGAAAAUGCUGCAUCCAAUGCGGCAUCAAUUAUACUUCUCGGAAACAAACUCUCACAAGUUGUGGAUGCUCUGGAACUAGCACAGGCAACAAUGUCAAAAGUGUAUCAAAAUUUAGCAUGGGCAAUAGCAUAUAACGUUGUUGCUAUUCCAAUUGCUGCUGGAAUACUGCUUCCCCACUAUGAUUUUGCAAUGACACCGUCACUUUCAGGUGGGCUAAUGGCUUUGAGCUCCAUAUUUGUUGUUUCCAAUUCAUUGCUUCUACAGCUAUAUCGACCUGAAACGAAGACAGAGAUGGGUAAAGGGCAAGGCGUAGGCCUAGGGUCCCACAAAAUGAAUGGCCCGAAAUAAAAUAAAACUUUUUUAUGUUAAAAUGUAUUAAAUAAAAACUAAUAAAAAUAUAUAUAUAUACAUAUAUCACUAAUUUUUUUUAAAAAAAAAAAAUACCAUACGAAUUAGUGGUGCUUAUUUCCUCAAGAAAGCAAUUGUUCUUUUUUUUUUUUUUUUUUUUUUCCAGAAAGAAAGCAAAUCAAGAUAAUGUAGGGAUUUGUAUUUUGCUAAAUUGGUGGGAUAAUGGAAAAAGCGAUGACACAUAAGACAAAAAGUGGCUUGGAUCUUGUCGAUUUUCCAUGUAAAUUAUAUGGCCCCUUUUGUCUAGCUAUGUAUACAAGGAAUUUUGUUAGUGCUAGCUGUUUCAUGUGUGAUACCAAUAAUUGUUUUCAUUCAAGUAGUAACGUGUAUUUUAUUACCAAAGGAACAAAAAACAAAUAUCAAAAAAUUGGUAUUCGAUAUUUUUUUCAAGAAA